ACAGUAAACAAAGCGAAGAAAAAAUUUCGAAAUCGCGGCAUGUGCAUGUGCGAAAAUCGGAUAAUCCGUUGAAGUUCGAUUGGCUCCUAUCAAUUUUACUCUCAUCAAAAAUGUUCGGAUAAGUCUUUGUCAAACUUUAAAGCUAUCUCGAUUUCAUGUUGGGUUUUCAGUUUCACGUGAGUGGACCGCAGUGAACUACAGAGGCAACGCUACAGUCUGCGUUUCUUUUACUGAACCAAAAUUAGGUCGAAAUUUUGCUAAAAAAAUUGUUCGUCGUUGCCCUACGCCAUGGCAAGCGACAGUCAAUCGUGCAUCGUUUGUCUGAAAGAUAAUGCCAAGCUGUGCUCGCGGUGCCGUAACUUGCGUUAUUGCUCUAAGGAUUGUCAGAAGAAUGAUCGGAAGAUUCACCGACUCCUGUGCUCAGACUAUGCCAGUUUUGAUGCCUCCAGUCGACCCAGUGAUAAUCAUUUUCGAGCCAUCAUUUUCCCUGUAGAGGAGUUUGAACCCAAAUUUGUAUGGAUGCAAUGUCAAGAUGCGUCGGGUUUUCCCUGUCACGGGAACAUAUCAUUAACUCCCUGGCGAACAAGGCGACGGGGCAGUGCAUCACAAGGCAAAGCCGGCCGGCUGACAUGGUUGUCCGGGAGCUAGAACGCGCCCGUUCUUCGGUACCCGCUGCCUAUAGCCGAUUCUUGGCAUAAUCAAGAAGGUGC